UCCACCAUGUUACAUGUCUUUAAAAAGGGAGAAACAAACAUACAUGUUGUUCAUGCUUUCUCAAAAAACACAUGAUAUUAUAUUAAUGAAGAUGGAUAUUGAGAAAGUUUUCCAGAUGAAGGGAGGGAUUGGAGAAAACAGCUACUCGAAGAAUUCAUCACUUCAAAAAAGGGCUGCAGAUAAGGUGAAACACAUAAUAACAGCUGCAAUGGAACAAAUGUACGUAGAAAAAAGGCCGAAUAGCAUAGGCAUAGCAGAUCUCGGGUGCUCCACAGGCCCCAACACACUCUCCAACAUCAAACAACUCGUCCACACUGUCCUCCUCCAUCCCCAUCCCGAUCCCGAACCCGAAUUCCGUGUUUUUCUAAACGAUCUUCCUACCAACGAUUUCAACACCCUUUUCCAAUCACUCCCUGAUUUCUACACACAGCUCAACAAACAUAGGAUUUACAUAUCUGCUUACCCUGGAUCUUUCUACGGCAGACUCUUUCCAGACCACUGCUUGCACUUCAUUUAUUCCUCCAACUGUCUCCACUGGCUAUCCAAAGUUCCAGCAGGUAUAUACGACGAACAGGGGUUUUCAAUAAACAAGAAAAGCAUAUACAUAUCGGAGAGGAGCACACAAGAGGUGUCACUAGCAUACCUUAAACAGUUCCAACAUGACUUCUCUUUGUUCCUCAAAUCACGCUCUCAAGAACUCGUCUGCGGUGGCCGGAUGGUGCUUAUAUUGCUCGGGAGGACCGGGUCCCACCAUGCAGACAGGGGCAAUUCUGUCUUUUGGGAAAUCAUGUACCGAUCUUUAUCCACAAUGGUUGAUGAGGGUGAAAUAGAUGAGGAGAAAUUGGAGUCGUACGAAGUCCAUUUCUAUGCACCUUCAAAGGAAGAGUUGGAAGAUGAAGUGAGGAAGGAGGGUUCUUUCAAACUGGAUGUUCUUGAGAUGUUUGAAAAUGAAAAUGAAAAUGAUAUUGAUGCAGAUAUGAGCUAUGGGACUGCAGUCGCAAAGACAGUUAGGUCAAUUCAAGAAUCUAUGUUAGCCAAUCACUUUGGAGAUUCCAUUUUGGACAAGCUGUUUCAACAUUAUGCCACAUUGCUCGAUCAAGAAUUGGCCGCCGCCAAUGAUCAUAUCAACUCCAUCACCACUGUUCUUGUUCUUACUAAACUCUGAUUCAUCUUCAUCAAUAAUAUUCUGUCUUCUCUUUCUUUUUCCAUCCUCGAUCUACAGCUUAAUAUAUAUAUACAGUCAGUACGUAACAUCAUCAUCAUCAUCAUCGAUCAUCUUCUGUCAUUGAAAGAAAGGGAACAAGACUCAAACCAGACAAAUACAUUUUGCAGAUGCUAAAUAUCUCUCUGUGUUUAAAUAAAUGUAUAAAGCUUUAGUGAUCAAUAUUUAUUCAAGUCCAUACAAUUAUAAUAAUAAUAAUCCCAGUCUCAAUUUUGUUAA